GCUCGGACGCACGACCACACCUCCCACCGCCAGUUCCGGAGAGGUCGUCAAAACCAGCAUCCCCAAAGCUCUCGUCCGAACGCCCUAGCAACCAUGGCGUCGGAUUUCAUCGGUAUCUCGGUCAUUGUGACUCUGCAGAACCCGCCAAACACGCUCGUACACGGCGUGGUCGCGGCUGUUAACCCGCAGAAUGCCACUUUGACCCUGCAGGAUGUGUACUUUCCUGCAAGCGGCCACCGCCUCAACUCGUACAACGUCGAGGGCCACGCCAUCGCCGACAUCAAGGUCAACGUGCCUGCGCCGACGCCCGUUCCUGCCGCCCAGCACCAUCCUGCGCCUCGCUCGAACCCCCAGUCGUAUGCUCAGUAUCCGUCGAGCCAUGUGCAGCAGCCCCCGCGCCCACCAGCCCAGCAAUAUGGUGGCCAGCCGGUUAUGCAACAUCCCGCCCAGGGUGUCCGCCAGCCCGCGCCACAGCCCAUAGCCCGCGCACAGCCAGCAGCGUUUGUCGACCCUGCGAUUCUUAGCAUGGGAAAGCGAGCGCCACAGGCUCAAGCCUCCAACCUCGCUGCGACUUCCUUGCCUCAAGAAGCGCCUGCCACACCCAUAAAGCCUGCUACUGCUACCACUGCCGCGCCUCCAGCCAAAACCUCGUCUCCCUUCACUGGACAGGCAAAGCGAGGCAGCAUCAGAAAGCAAAGUGCCGCGACCCUGGCUGGCCCGUUCUCGUCCCUCGAUAUCGCGGAUGCGGAGGAGGCCGACAGCGAGACAAAGGCAGCCAUGCCGACAGUGCGCCGCGCAAGCAUCAACAAGACUAGGAACGGCAAGCCUAUGGAGGACGUGAGCCCACAGAAGAACGAUGAUGGCGGCAAGAGGACGAGGAGGGGCGGCAAGUCCCGCAAGAAGGAGCUUGCGGCUCAGGAAAGGAGGAAUGGCAGUGAAAAUUCUACCAAGGGCAAUGGUUGGAGAAGCACACCGAUGCUCCAGUCCGUCGAGGAGCCACAGACGCGCACCCCAGGUGUGAUCGCCGGCAGAGUUGGGCUAGAAGCAGCAAACGCCUCGGUGCGCAAGUCGCGGCGCCAGAGAGAGCUUGAGGCUACGAACGGAUGGGCCACAGAAGAUGCUACCGAUGUCCAAGACAUGCCUGAAUUCGAUUUUCAAGCUAACCUCUCGAAGUUCGAUAAACGCACUGUUUUCGACCAGAUUCGAACCGAAGACACGACCGCAGACGAAGACCGUCUUGUGAGCUUCAAUCGACUCGCCCGACCAGGAACACAUGGUGGCAAGAACUUGCACCCUACAGAGAACGUGUUGGACAGCGCGAAGCUGAAGAGCACAACGAACACAAGCUCCGAGGACGACUCGGAUCUUGGCAGCCGCAACUCCCGACGCGCAAUGUCCCGAGCUUCUGUUUCUACGAAGAAGGCGCCAACGCGCCAGGGCAGUGGCAUUCAGGCCAGUCAUUUAGAGAUGCUGGGCUCGGGACUGCUGCCACGAACAAACCGCUCCCUCAUUGGUACUCAGUAUGCAUCCUCACACGGUGCUACUGGAAGCCCGAAACUGGGGAAGAUCGCCACGCCCCCAGACUCACUGUUCGAUUCGAGCCUGAGAGGAUGCCUCCGCCUUGUUACAAACAACCGCAAAUGUCAUACCGUCACGCCCGGUGGCAUGCUUGCAGUCGAAGAGAUGGCUGAAGUCGAGUUUGGUCUUUCUGAAGAGCUCGUUGCUGAGAGCGCCGGGCGCGGUAUUGCGGAAAUCACCCUCAAGGCUAUCAACCCUGGUGGUCAGCGCCUUGCUCGUGAGAACCCCAACGCACGCCCUGUCAUUGUCGUACUUGCUGGAAACCACCGUGGUGGCGCGCGAGCCAUCGCGGCCGCGCGGCACCUCCUUGCUCGCGGACCGAAGGUCAUGGUUGCCAUGCUCGGCUUCGAGCGCAACGCAGACUGGGAUCGCGACGUACGACGGCAAGUGGAUCUAUUCAAGAAGUUUGGCGGCUCGGUGCGCGCUUGGUCUGACACCGAGGGCGCACUGAAGCGCCUUCACGCACCGCCUGAGCUCAUCAUCGAUGCGCUUCUCGGACGACACAAGGAGUUUGACGCCCUUGGCGAGACCGACAGGGCUACUGUCCUCAGCAUUGUCGGCUGGGCAAAUAAGUCUCGCGCUGCUGUACUUGCUGUCGAGACGCCAUCGGGUGUCGCUGGAUCAACGGGCGAGGUCGCCAUACUGGAAGGCGAGCCACUGGAGGUCAGGGCCAAAUACAUUGUGUGUCUCGGUGCACCCAGGAGCGGAUUGGUCCGUGCGUUACAGAACGGUGCUGGUCGCGAUCCGGCAUGGAGUAUUUGGCUGGUUGACAUUGGUGUCAACAAGCCAUGGCGGAAUGCUGGAAUCAGCGGAGGGAAGGGGAUAAAAUUUGACGAGCACUGGGUUGUACAAGCAAGGUUUAUGGAGGAUAACGAUGGCAAAGCCUGAGUUGGUGCUUUGUGGGGGUUUGAUUACAUACAUUGCGCUGGCGUUGGGUGUGGGUUUGAAGCGUUGGAUCACGCUGCUGAAAGGACGGAAACUCUAGAUACCAAAGGCCAGGAAGGCAUCACUAAGUAACUGCGACACUCAAUAUGUUUACUAUCACGUCGCCUAUUCGGCGUCCUCAAAGUGGGAGCUCGUGCAACCUCGGAAAGUGCCACAUUCGUUUCCCACCUCGUCUCACUCAUGUUGGCGUUGAACGUUUGGACACGUUAACCGCGCCUUUUUUG